AUGGACGCCUCAGCAGAGCAGCUCAUGAAGAGUAUUCAUGAAUUAUCUUCGCUGUUCAAUAGCAGGAUGGGCGAAUUCGAGAAGAAUAUUCAGCAGCCCGGCGCUAACACAACGGUGAAGAGUCUUACAGCGGACUUCUACACUUUUAAGUCCUUUGUUUGGAAAACCAUUGGCAUGCUAAAAUCCCAGGUGGAGCUCCUGCACAUCUCCUUUGAUCGUCUUGAGAUGCACUCCCGCAGGAAGGUCUUGCUUUUUCAUGGAGUCAAGGAGGAUGUUGGGGAAGACACUUGCAAGAAAGUUUCGGUCAUAUUAUCUGACCAAUUGAAGUUGUCCGGCAUUAGUAACGAGGCAUUUGAAUCUUGCCAUAGAUUGGGUGCUAAAAGGAACACAGCCCGGCCUAUAUUGGUUCGUUUUACCACUGUGCAUCUACGGUCCAUGGUGUGGAAAGCUAAAACCGCGUUAAAGGGAUCCAAAACGUCGAUUUCCGAGUUUCUGACAAAGCCGCGGCAGGACGUGUUUGUGGCAGCUCGAGCUCACUUUGGUAUGAAGAGGUGCUGGUCAGCUGACGGAGUUAUAGUUGUCCUUCUUCCUGAUAAGAACCGUAAGAAGAUUGUUUCCUUGGCUGAGCUAAAACUAUUGACUUCUCAGUACACCAAGGAUUCCUCGUCGUGA